CUGGACACAGAGCCGCUUUUGUCCUGUAAAUGUUAACAAGCAACAGGGGAAAACUGGAGUCACAAGGAUGCUGGAGCAGGCUGGAGGCUUUUUAGAUUGCUGGUUUGAGCCGGGUGCAGCCAUUGCGCCUGGACGGGGGACGCGGUUCAAGUCGCAUUAUGAGCUGAAACGCAGAAAAAAGAUUUCCAAACGUGCUAUGGGGAGCUGGUGGUGUUUGCUGCUGCUGUGCCCGCUAACUCUAGUGCCGACCUUGGGAGAGGAGAUGAACGUUUCUGAGGACCCUGAUCUCUUCAGCUUCUUGAGGAGCCUCUUCUUUGGGCUGCCGGUGAGAGAUGAGCAGUUUGUCACAAGCCUAGGCUUUGACGUCAACUCCCUCAAGGACCUGCGGCACCCGGAGUCACUCGAUCACUCAAUCACGCAGCAAGCCAAGAAUAAAGCAGUCGGUCGGGAUACAAAUAAGGCCCGGGGGCCUGUACUGUCUACCAAAAAAGGACAGCUCAAAGGAAUCACGGUGGAGAAGGCGCAUAUAUUCCACGGGGUGCCAUAUGCUGACCCGCCCGUUGGGGAGCUUCGCUGGAAGCCCCCCAGGCCUGUGAGCUCUUGGUUGGGAGUUUAUGAUGCCACCUAUCCCAAAGCAGCAUGCAUGCAAUCGUGCAGCGGCCCAAUCAGUGGCGAGUGUCCUUGGAGAGUCAGUGAGGACUGUCUCUACCUCAACAUUUUUGUUCCCCUGGAUGUGGACUUCGGCUCCCUGAUGCAGAUGCCGCUGCCUGUUAUGGUGUGGAUCCAUGGCGGGAACUUCAUCACUGGCUCUGCCUCCAAGCCACUGUACGACGGGCGGUCCAUAAGCAACUUCACCCACACCAUUGUUGUGGGCAUAGAGUAUCGACUUGGUGCAUUUGGGUUUCUCGAGCUGGGAGACGACCCUCGCACAUCACCUGUGGGCAAUUAUGGCAUCUUAGACCAGCAGGCAGCUCUUUUCUGGGUUCAGCAAAACAUUGCUGUGUUCGGAGGUGAUCCCAGCAAGGUGACCAUAUUUGGAGAGAGCGCCGGGGCUCAGUCUGUGGGCCUCCACCUCAUAAUCCAGAGCAGCGGGCCUCUGUUCAGUCAGGCCAUCCUGCAAAGUUCUCCCUUCUCCAUCCCAAUGAAGAGCAGACACGAUGCCAUGAAGCUCGGAAAAGACUUUGUUAAACAAACCAACUGCUCAAGAAGCGACAUCCCCUGCCUGCUGUCUCUCGCUCCACAAGCAGUAUUGGUUGCCCAGAUGAAAACAAGCUCCAGAAUCAUGAACCCCUUCAGGUUUCUGGAGGCUUUUGAGACGUGGGGUCCUUAUAUCGAUGGGGAGCUGAUCAAAGAGCAGGCUCCAAGUGCCUUCCAGAGGGGCGCCUGGCAGAGGGAGAAGCCAGUGCUGCUGGGUACAACUUCAGAAGAGGGAGUUAUCUUCAUCUACGCCAUAUUUCACGAGCCGGUGUCGACUGUGGAGUCCACCCUGUACAUAACGGCUAUCUUCAAGCAACACGCCCUGCAGAUCAUCCAUGAGUACCUGCCCCAGUACAUGGACGCUGACCGGAGGGAUAUGCUUGCUCAGAUCAUCACAGAUUACGUCUUUGUAUGUCCGGCCAGAAGGACCGCGCGCGCCAAUGUGCCAACAGGCAGCAAUUUCUGGCAGUACAUGUUUGACCAUGUGGUAACAGACCCCCGCCUCUGGUCUGGUUUGACGUUCUGCUACAAGCGUGCAUGCCACGGCGCAGAGCUGCCCUUCGUCUUCGGCUCAGCCGCGGAGGUCAACCUCACCAUGUCGCUGCCAGAGAAGCUGAUGUCCAAUCGGAUGCUGUGCUACUGGGGGGCCUUUGCCCACGCCGGAGACCCGUCCUCCAGAGCCCAGCAGACGACUUUCUGCCAUGCGCAGCAUCUGCCUAUUUGGCCACGCUACGCCGAGGCCAGCGGUUGGCUCCUCAUGAACCUGACUGUGGGUUCCCACGCGCAAGUCGCAGCCAGGAACCAUAUAUGUGACUUCUGGGACCAACUGGACAUCUACUAGCGAGAGGUCUUCCAGCAAUUAUUUUUGUUCACAAUAAAGAGUGUUUUGCUUGA